UUCUGUUCCAACAUGGCGGACGAAAAUGAUUGAUACCCGUGUUUCAGCCUUAACGAAGACUAUAAUUCAAAAAGGAACUGGACUAGAAACACCGAAUUAUGGAACAUUAUGUAAAGGUGACGGUUUAAGUCACAUUUUACGUUUUAUUUGAUUCAUCUGCAAUGUUUAAUUGUAUUUUUAAAUAUGCUUCAUCGCAGUCAAACUGAAGAUUUCUUCUCCGGAUGGUACAAUUCUUCAUAAUACCGAGAAGGAAGUAGUUAUAGGCGAAGGUAAGUUAUCUAUGUAUGAGUUUGAUUACUUGGCAUGUUCAAGUGUAUUCCCAGGUCACGAAUCGCCAUUAUCAUUAUUCAAAACACUACAUUAAAUUACAAGCGUUCAAUUGAUCCAGCAUGUAACGUUGUCUUGUUUGCAUGUAACGUUGUCUUGUUUGUUUAUAUAGUUACAAAAAUUGUACCACUAUGUCCUUUUCUUGAUAAUACCAUUGUUAAUUCAGUAAAAUACAUAAAAUGACAAUUUCUCAGAUUAAGUAACUUGUAGCUGACUGAAAAAAGGGUCAUGUCAAUUAAAUCAUGCAUUUAUUGAAUAUAUUCUAUCUUUGAGUUUUUUUUUGCUUACUUUGAAGGUGACAAUGAGGUAUCUGAGACCUUGGACAAAUGCCUUGAGUGUAUGCAUGCUCAGGAAGUCUGUUCGAUACCUUUUGAUGAUGAAAAUUUGUGCCAAGAGCUUGGUAUUGUCUUUGAAAGGGAUUUAAAAUGUGAAAUUGAACUUCUUUCCUUCUCCAAGGUACAGUUUACUGUAAAUUCAUACAUGCAUAUACAGAAAUUUCCUUAGUUAUCAUCUUAUAGAGAUGCUGCUUUUGGAAAAAAAUUCAGGCUUGUUCUGGAGUUGAACCUAUGACCUCUACAAAUUCUUGUGCAGUGCCUUAACAAUUAAGCUUACAACUGAGCUCACAAGCAAACAAAACCAAACAAGCCUGAAUUUUUCUGCUUUAUUUUCACUAUUACUUAAGAAGUGUUGUUAGUGCAUGGUGAUCACUCUCAUCUUCAUUUAAAUAAUCAGCAGUUCAAAGAUAUAAUGUGUAUUAUUGGCAGUUGUUUAUUCAUUACUACUGACACAGAUUUAUUACAAACAAACAAAAUGACCAGCUCCCAGUUAUUUUCACUACUGCUUAUAGGUGUUCAUUGCUUCUAGAUUUUUGCCUGUGAAGAAAACCCUAAAAAAAUCAAAUACUUGUACCAUCCCGUUUAUUCUGAGAUUCAAUCAGUGUGUUUCAUUAGGUAAGGUCAACUCAAAGCUGUGCACCAUAUUUCUUGUACAAAGGCAUGUGAAGUAGAAUGAAAUUUGAAAAAAAGUUUUCUGUGACUAUCCCAUGACCUAAAAUUGUUAACCAAAGAAACAAGCUGAAGGGGUAUACAUACUAUAUUCAAAAAAAUUACUGACCAGAACUGUUUUUUUUUUAUCCAGAACAAUUGGUAUCUUAAUUAUAGAAAAAUCUCAACACAUGCACUUCACAUUCCUCCAAUUUUUUCCUUUUACUUUGGCAGGCAAAAGAGCCUUGGGAAACUACUCCAGAGGAGAAAAUGUCUCUUGCCAAACACCAUAAAGAUAAAGGAACAGAUUGUUUCAAGGUUGCUUUUCAUUUCCCAGUUCAUUUUGUAAAUGUUGACACACCUCGUUUUUUGCAGUGUUCUCUUAGUUCACUCCCUGACUGCUUUGAAGUGUUGUUGAAGAGUAAAUCACACUUAUCAUAUUCCAAUCAUCAAAUCUGUUCAUAUUUUAGUUAUUCAAAUCCAGGGACAGGAACAUGACCUAAAUGUAUGUCAUGUGUGGCUUCUGUAUGUUGUUUGUCAGCUGCCUUAUGUUCAAAGCUUCAGUUUGUCCGGUAUGAACCAUCCCAGUACUCAUGCAUGUGGACAUAUGUGAACCUAGGGGAGAAUGCUGGGGGUGUGUAAACCCCUCUCCCUCCUUAAAUUACCAACUUUACAAUUGAACAAAAUCUUUUGUAUCAUUUGUCAUGUAAUAUCCUUAAGUUCACAUUAAUUUAUGUUACUGAUUACCUAGUCAUAAGCCUUCUUUUGUGAUGUUUGCUUUUAAAAACUUUGUAAGGUCCCCCAGUCAGUUAUGUCCUCAAUGUUGAACCCCUUCGUUAGAAAAAUCCUGGAUCUGCCUCUGGUGUAACUGCUUUUGUAAUGUUUUCCUUAUGAUUCUUUUUUAUUGGUAUCCUUUAAGUCUGGAAAAUGGUCCUGCGCUGGAAGGCGUUAUAGCCAAGCCCUUAAACAGUUGAUUUUGAUCAACAAUACAUUGUCUGAACAGAUGGAAGAACAGGAACAACUGAAGGCUGCUUGUCUUCUCAACUUAUCUGCAUGCCAAGGAAAGCUAGGACAGUAUGACUUUGUAGCACUUAACUGUACAAAGGUUAGAACUGAGUGCAUUUCAGUUGUGCACUUUGUAAUAAUGACUUAGUACAUGUCACAUGUACAAAGUUAUUUGUAGUAACAUUGCUGGCUGGAUAGCAUUCCAGAUUGAAAACCAUUGUCAUGCAACCCAUUUAACUACAUGUAGCUAAUUUGGGAGCUUAAAAACUGUUUUGUUUCACAGAAAGAAGGAAACAAAAAGGAAAGGGUUAUUUUCAAAGGGGUUGCUACAGAUUUGUUGUUAAUACUGUUUAGUUAGAAUGUUAAAAUAAGGGCUUUCUAGUUUUAUUGUUUGACAUCAAGCACGUCAGAAGUACAUGUAGUGUAAUUCAAGUUGCCAUCAAUCACUCAAAAAUUCCAGUUUUUUAUUUAAUAUUAAUUUUUUGUGAUACAGGUUUAUAGUACAUAUUGGUAUUAUUUUGGUUUUAAUAUUUAUUUGAACCUGUACUGUAGGUACUAAGUCUAUGGCCAGAAAAUAUUAAAGCUCUCUACAGACGUGGACAGGUGAGAUGAUAUUAUAUACAGAUGUUCUUUUCCACCUAAAUGGUUGAUUUACUUGUUGAGGUUAUUUGAAAUGUUGUAAACAUUGAAAAGGCACUAGCGCACAUGUAGGCAAUCUGAGUUGAAACGUGUUUUAAAACAUUGUGUUGCGUGGUGUUACUGCAUAACGUUUAUUUAACAAAUAGAUUCCAAGUUGCCGUUCGUCUGUUCAGUAAUAGAUCACAGAUGAUGUCAAAAUGUGAUAAGAACAAAGACGUGGCACACGAGGCGCAGCCGAGUGUGUCACUGAUGUUCUAAUCACAUUUUGACGUCCUCUGUGAUCUAUUACUGAACAGACGCACGGCAACUUGGAAUCUAUUUGUUUUAUAUAAUAAAGAAUUAAAAAAAGUUUUAAUGAUGACGUCAUUUAUAUGUCUGUCCUCCAAUAAAUCAUAGGUGAGAACCAAUCAAAAUGCGUGCAUAACUGAGCUUAUUAUAUAAAGCGAGAUAUCUUAACAAGUUCUUCAUGCAAAAACAGAAAAGCUACUUUUCAAAUACUGUUUUUUGUCUUUAUUUAAAAUGUGCACAGUUGUACUUGAUUUAUUUUGGUAAAUAGUGUCGUAAUUCUCCAUAGGCAUUUGUUAUCUUGAAUGAGUUUGAGAAGGCAAGAGGGGACUUAGAGAAGGUACCGUAGUUUACAUUAACGCAGGGAAGGACAAAUAAGUUAAUUGAAGAAUGCCAUUCCAUGAGAAAAAACGGUCAUUUAAGAUCUAGAAUCCUGAUUUCAACCGUGACAUGUUGGUCGUAGUUUAGCGUACGUAAUCGUGUGAACGUCUUUGAGUUGACCUUACCUAAUGAAACACACUGAUUGAAUCUCAGAAUCGGGAUGGUACAAGUAUUCGAUUUUUUUAGGGUUUUCUUCACAGGCAAAAAUCUAGAAACGAGAGAGAGGAAUGAAAACUACGUGUCAGUUAAAAAAUAAGCGUGCAGUGUUAGGGCUCCGACGUCGAGGAUCAAUUUGCAACUCCACAGCUCGAUCUCUGUAAAUUUGAGUUCAAUACGAGUCAGGAAAUUUCCAUAUAAAGCGAAGGUUAACCCACCUAAAAUUAAUUAACUUUCUUUUUCAGGCUUUGACACUUGACCCGUCCAACAGAGCAGUUCAAUGUCAACUAAGAAUUCUAACGGAGAAGGAACGGAAACACGAUGAAAAGUUGUCCAAGGCAUUGGGUGUGAUGUUUGGACGCAAAAAGUAACCGACCGGCAGGACUUC